UAGGCUCCAGGGUAAAGGCGGAUGAACGCGGCGGGUUGGGGGGUACGCGCCAUGGCGCAGGACUCCGUGUGGGGCUCCUUCCCCGGCCCAGAGUACUACGAGAAGCUGGGCCGCCUCCAGGGCGCGCUGAGGGACAGUGAAAAGAAGAGAUUAGAUCUAGAAAGAAAACUUUAUGAAUAUUCCCAAUCUGAUAUAUGUAGAACUAAACUGAGGUAUUUAAAACUUAAGAAAUACCUGAAAGAAAUAUGUGAAUCAGAAAGAAAAGCCCAUGUUCGAAACCAAGAAUAUUUAAAGCAAUGUCAUCAAAUUCAGGCCAAUAUUGGAAGCUUCACUGUAAAUACAGACAAACUUCAAAAACUGAAGAAGGAAUAUGAAACUCAAAUCAAGAAGAUGCAUCUAUUGACAAAAAAUAACCUGGGAAAGAAAGGCAUACUUCAAGACAAUGAUGAAAAGGUUGUGCAAGUUGUGAAGCCAGCAGGAAUUAACAUAGGGACAGCCAUGUCAAGAGGAUUGUAUCAUCCAACAACAAUCUUUAUGGGCCGCCAAAUGUCAGCCAUCUCAAGCACUGGAGAUUUCAGUACACAGUGGAAAUCUUCCCAGCCCACAAAGAGCUUUUCAAUUUCUAACCCACAUUCAUGCCAACAGACAGCAGAGAGAAGUAAUGUGACAGACAGCUAUGGAGUACAAAUGAAUAGUGAUACACAGUUCUUAAAUAAGUCUGACAAAAUAGACGGAAAGACAUCUUUCCAGAUUGGUGAGAAAAUGCCAGUCACAUCCACGGCAUUGUCUGAGGUUGAACAAACUCAUUGCUUAGAGAUAGUAAGCAACACAAAUAAUGGCAAGAAUCAUUUACCCGAAAGCAAAAAGUCUGCAGAACUCGAUUCUCUGUUACAGGAAAGAUUAAGUCCAGAGAACAGGACCACUGAUUUAAAGGAUGACAGUUCUUACAGAUCAGAGGGAUCAGAAGAAGGAAUAGUGACACAGGAACAUAUUGAAAGAAAGAAAGAAAGAACAAAACAUUCCGUUUCACUGGUACCUGGCCCCGAGUACUGUGCCUCUGAAAAUGCACAUUCAGAAGAAAAUCUUUCAGAUCAUCCUCAAGACCUGAAAAAUCAGAGGCCCACCAAACGUAUGCAAGAGCAUGAAGAGGAAAGUUUAAGCAGUAGCAGUGACCUUACUGUUUCUGUGAGUGAAGAUGAUCCAAUUAUCAAUACUACAGAACUACUCCCAAAUAUAGGUGACAAAGUUGACGAAGAAGAUGGAAUAGAGGCCUUAAAACUAAUCCAUACUGAGCAAGAGAAGGAUGUCCUGUCUGCAGAGAAAAAUAAUUGUAUUUUGCAAACUAUAAGCUCUCAUGCCUCAGAAAAGGAAUCCUCAGCUAAUUCACCAACAAAAGACUUUGAACAACUACCUGACUCUGAACAAUUAAGAGAGCAGUUAGCAAAGCAUGUCUCUGCCUUAAAAAAACACAAUAUUCCUCUCAAAGAAGAAGUAGCCAAGAUGUUUGAAGUCUUGAUAGCAGAAAAGAGUAAACAAAAUUCAAUGGCUACAGCAUUAUUGAAAAAAGCCCUUACAGAAGAGUGUGAAGAUAGGUCGUCUAUUCACAGUAAUGAAUCAUCUUGCAGCUUGCAAUCUAUUCUGAAUGACAAUAGUGAAAUAAAGCAAGCAAAACAUGCUCAACGGCUUGACAGCAUUGGUACAAGGGAACAAGAAGUCACUAGCACAUGUGAAGAUGAGAGCAAAGAAGAAAGCUUGGUAGAAAAGAUUCCUAUUACAGAGACAAAAGCAUAUCAAUUAUUGAAGCAGUCUACAUUACAGGAUAAUAAAAACCAAACUGAAGAAAGAUACCAAAAGGCAAAAAUGGGGGCUGUUUCUGAAUCACAGCUGGCAGGCUUGAAUAUUGGCAGCAGUUCUUUCAAGACAAAGACAAGUAACGAAAUCGGUUCAGAAGCUAGUUUUUCAUCUAGUGAAGGAAGUCCUUUGUCAAGGGAUGAAAGCAAGAGGAAAAUAACAACCAAUUUAAAAUCAAAAGCUUUUUGGGGUGAAUCUGAUGAUAGCAACUCUGAAAUUGAAGCUGCUUUACGUCCUAGAAAUCACAACACCUCUAUCGAUGAUUUUGAUGACUUCUACGACUAACAAGUAAUACUGCUUGGGAAUGAAAAAAAAAAAGAUUUUAAAUAAAAUAAAGUUUCAAAUUGGAAUAUG